AUGCCGACGAAUGACUGCUCGCUGAUCCAGAGGAGAAUCACCCGAAUGGAUAUUGAUUUUGUAUGGUUUUUACCCAUUUAUCCGAUUGGUAGCACGAAUCGUACAGGGCAAACCUAUUUCUCGAGUACCUCAAAAUGGUCGGAUAUUGUGGAUUUAAAAUUCGAAGGAAAUGAAACAACAUUGUGGCCUGAAUUGAUUGAUAUAUUAAAGUUUUGGUGUGAGCACGGUGUCGAUGGAUUUCGUAUGGAUCUUGCUUCUUGCGUUCCAAUGGAAUUCUGGCGUCAAGCAAGAUAUUCCGUGAUCAAUGUGUAUCCUCGUUGUGUCUGGUUGGCUGAAUCAAUUUGGUUUAGUGCCUUGAAGAGUCAACGUGAUCAAGAUAAAAUAAUUCAUACGGAUGCAGAACUCUAUGAAGUAUUCGAUCUGCGCUACGACUACGAUACUUAUGUGGCGUGGCGUGCUGCGGUGCAAGGUGCCGCUUCGAUCAAAUCCAACCUUGAACUUCUUCGUCUUCAAACAUUCGUCUAUCCGAAGAACUUUAUCAAAUUGAGAUUUGUUGAAAAUCACGAUCAAGAUCGAAUUGCGUACAUUUGUCGAGACAAUCGAUGGAAAGCAUUGGCAUGGACAGAUCAAGAAGCAUCCGUAAUCGAAACGAAAGGAGCCAGAUUAACAGUGACCCAUCAUAGUCCAUGUAUUGUUGCCGUAUGGGAAGUUGAAUCAACUCGCGAAGGCCUCAUCGGUAUCUUCAAUGUGGCACAGGAAGCUAACGGUGAACAGUUUAUUCGAAUACCCAAUUUGCUAAAUGGCAAUUAUAAAAAUCUGUUUAUUGAUAUGGGCGUGGAUGACUUACUCAGACGCGAACUGCGUGCAGUUCCAGUGAACAACAACGGUCGAUUGGAUGUACCCAAGGUGGCCAUUGUUCUUCAUUAUACUGAUAUUCUUCUUCGCCAUAAACCAAUUUACAGUACAACAUUUGAUUUUAACUACAGACAUGCCUAA